AUGAUCUUCGUCCUCGUCUACUGCACCGCCGGCAUCUCUGCGGCCACAUCAACCCCGCCGUCACCUUCGGCCUCUUCCUCGCCAGGAAGUUUCACUUUAUCCCUUGGCGCAAUUUGCGGGUGUGGGCUCGUCAAGGCGUUCCAGAAGAGCUACUACACCAGGUACGGCGGCGGGGCGAACGAGCUCGCCGAUGGGUACAACAAGGGGACUGGGCUCAGUGCGGAAAUCAUCGGCACUUUCGUUCUUGUCUACACUGUCUUCUCCGCCACUGACCCUAAGAGAAAUGCCAGAGACUCCCAUGUCCCCGUCCUGGCGCCACUCCCAAUUGGGUUCGCCUUGUUCAUGGUUCACCUGGCUACAAUUCCGGUGAUGGUGGUGCCGGGAGGGAGGAGUUGA